GAGGACCCGCCAACAUCCUUGCUGCUGCGCUAGGCCCGGGGCGUGCCCGCUGCUGCUCCCACCUUUGGGCCCCGGCUGGGGUCGCCUGGGGCCUGCGGUUGCGGACAUUGCGGGCCGGCAGGCAGAGGCUCAGACCCAGGCUAUACCCCCGCGAGGGCAGCGGCGUGGGACCACGGCCAACUGGCUGACCCACGGCGGCUCCGGCCAUGCCCAUCUGGCCCUGGGGGAUGCUGGUGACGGCGGGCACGCUCUUAGCCGCGUUGAGCCCGGGGCCGCCAGCGCCCGCCGACCCCUGCCAUGAUGAGGGGGGCGCACCCCGAGUCUGCGUGCCUGGCCUGGUGAAUGCGGCCUUGGGCCGCGAGGUGCUGGCGUCCAGCACGUGUGGGCAGCCUCCCACGCAGACCUGCGACUCCUCAGACCCGCGGAGGGCACACCCUGCCACUCUUCUGACCUUUGCAGGGGGUACCACAAGCCCUGUGUGCUGGCGCUCGGACUGGCUGACUCAGGCCCCCCUCAACGUGACUCUCACAGUACCCCUGGGCAAAACUUUUGAGCUGGUGUUCGUGAGCUUGCGCUUCUGCUCCACACCCCCGACCUCAGUGGCCCUGCUCAAGUCACAGGACCAUGGCCGCAGCUGGGUCCCGCUGGGCUUCUUCUCCUCCUGCUGUAGCCUGGACUAUGGCCGCCUGCCUGCCCCUGCAAAUGGCCCAGCUGGCCCCGGGCCUGAAGCUUUGUGCUUUCCUGAGCCCCAGACCCAACCUGAUGGUGGUGGCCUUCUGGCCUUCAGCGUGCAGGACAGCAGCCCGCCAGGCCUCGAUCUGGACAGCAGCCCGGUCCUCCAAGACUGGGUGACCGCCACAGACAUUCGAGUAGUGCUCACAAGGCCUGCCAUGCUGGGGGACACCAGAGACUCCGAGGCUAUGGUCCCUUACUCUUACUCAGCCACUGAGCUCCAGGUGGGCGGGCGCUGCAAAUGCAAUGGGCAUGCCUCAAGGUGCUUGCUGGACACCCAGGGCCACCUGAUCUGCGACUGUCGGCAUGGCACCGAGGGUCCCGACUGUGGCCGCUGCAAGCCAUUCUACUGCGACAGGCCGUGGCAGCGGGCCACAGCCCGGGAAGCCCACGCCUGCCUUGCUUGCUCCUGCAAUGGCCAUGCCCGCCGCUGCCGCUUCAACAUGGAGCUGUACCGACUGUCCGGCCGUCGCAGUGGCGGUGUCUGCCUCAACUGCCGGCAUAAUACCGCUGGCCGUCACUGCCAUUACUGUCGGGAGGGCUUCUAUCGUGACCCAGGCCGUGCACCGAGUGACCGCCGUGCUUGCAGGGCCUGUGACUGUCACCCUGUUGGUGCUGCUGGUAAAACCUGCAAUCAGACCACAGGCCAGUGUCCCUGCAAGGAUGGUGUCACUGGCCUCACCUGCAAUCGCUGCGCUCCUGGCUUCCAACAGAGUCGCUCGCCGGUGGCACCCUGUGUUAAGACCCCUGUCCCUGGACCCACUGAGGAGAGCAGCCCUGUGGAGUCGCAGGACUGCGACUUGCACUGCAAACCCACUCGUGGCAGCUACCGCAUCAGCCUGAAAAAGUUCUGCAGGAAGGACUACGGUAGGCACUCCUCAGGCCUCCUACCCCCACCUUCUCACCUUGCCCUUCCCACUUUCCCUUUGGAUACCCUGGCUCUUGCGGGGCCCCAAGGCCAUCCCCCAUCCCCCAGGUGCCCCACUGGGCCCGAUAGCCGGCCGCUCACUCGACUCCUGCGUGGAGUAACCGCUCGCGAAUCCCUGCCCCUCCGCGCCGGGGCCACUCCUGGGCCUUGCAAGCUCCCACCGCCCGGCCGAGGGGCGUCGGUGCGCAUGCCCAGAGCCCGCUUUGGCUGA